AGCACUUAUCGGAUCUUGGGCUCUCGGAUCCAAUCCGUGAACGCACACGAUCCUCUCCUCAACUCGCCGGCGUGAGAGAAGUUCCAUUGCUCGUGGGAGCUCUUCAUCACAAUCUCGAAGCGCGAACCGAUCUCUUGGCAGCGGCGGGGAUGGCAAGCAGCAGCGUUGAUGCGGCGGGGGAGCCGAUCCCGACCUCAUCGGUGUUGAUGGCUGCGUCGAAGCACAUCGCAGUGAGGUGCCGCUCGGAGAACAUGGCCUUCAUCACCUGCAAGAAGAAAGACGCUAACCCUGAGAAGUGCCUCGAUAAGGGCCGCCAAGUCACUGCUUGUGUCGUCAAUCUGCUGAAGUCACUUCAUCAGAAGUGCCCUAAAGAGAUGGAUGCUUAUGCAAGCUGCAUGUAUUAUAACACAAAUGAGUUCGAUAUGUGUCGCAAAGAGCAACAUGAGUUUGAGGCUGCAUGCCCGGUGUCUGAGUAGAUUGUUUUCAUUUCCUUUCAUCUUAUGAAUAAUCUGAAGAAACCAUAGAUCUGAAUUUUGGUUUUCUUCCGUCAAAAUGGUCUGGUGUCAGGAUACUUCUUUUUCUAUUUUGUUAGUGAUUUGCUUCAUCAUGAGAACCAUGCUGAAACUCAUGUUGAAUUUCUGCUACUUGGAGAUAACUGUAACCUGCUUGUUGGUUGUGUUAUUUGAUGUCAAUGAGAUAUACUUUUAGCAUA